AUGACGGUGCGUGAGCUGGCCAAGGGUGCCAUGAUGCGCUACAUGCUCUCCCUGCGUCGUACAGCGAAGGAGGCGGAUGCUGUCGUGCGUCAGCUCUGCCGCUCCGGGAUCGCCGUCACGGACGUGUACGUUUUGGUCCCCAGCGACGCCGCGCGGUCGACCACGCUGGAGGAUGACGAGACAGGCAACGGCGGCGGGACCGGCGAGCCGCCCUUUCACAUGGUGGAGCUUCUCUCCGACGACUGCGUGGUGCAGGUGGUGCAGGUGAUGAAGGAGACAGUGCACAUGCGCUUCUGUGCGGGAAACGGUGCUUCGGCGAAGAAGAGGGCAUCCUCGUCGGUGCAGGCAGCCGCGGCCACAGAAGCGCAGAGCGCCGAGGAGACGUUCAACUCCAUCAGCAUCGCUGCACCACCUGCUGUUGUCGCUGUCGGUGGCGCUGCCUGUGACGGUCCGGCCCUGCCUAGUAGAGACGAGCCUAUCAAGAACGCAGCGGCUUUCGGCUGUGUCUCGGACGCCGUCUCAGACACUGCGCAAGAGAGCAGCAGCCCGCCGGUCGCUGCUAGGCAGCGCAGCAAGAAGACGGCGCACAAAGUCAACAGCACCGGAGCGGACAGCAGCUUGGAAGAGGAGGAGGAAAACGAGGCGUGGCAGGGCACGGCGCGGUCGAUUGUGACGCUGCGCGAACGUGAGGCGCAAUGCAUUCGAUGGGGUCCAGCUGCGCACAAGCACUUCGCCGCCAACUACGUGUCAAGCCCACAGAAGAUUAUGAUUGACCGGUUUAAGUGUGGCCGACGCCCACCGCCGGUGGUGCAGCUGCAUCCCACGCAAACACCGUCCUCGGUAUCGUCGCAGAGCUCCGUCUCUGAAGUGCCGUCGCCGAGGUCUUCGGGGGACAGCAGAGGCACCACCGAGACCGGCGGCGGCCGUCGGCCUCCGCGACCAGUGAUCGCUCAAGAGGGCAGCACCAAAGAACAUCUCCGGUACCAGCGGCACGAGCCCCGGCAAUCGCCACAACUUCCGAGCAAGCAUCACCGCUGCGACACUUACUCCUAUGCGCACAGCGAGAGCAGCAGCGUCCAGCGCGCGCACGAGGUGUUGACGCCGUCCGCCGCGACGAGGUUCCAGUACCUCCAGGUGACAGCUGCCCCAUCAGUUCCCGCUGUUGAGGAGAUGCUCGUAGCGACUGAAGUGACGACAGCGGAGCGGCAGCUAGUAUCCCCCAGUCACGCGCGACAGGAUGCUUUUCUCUGCUCCGCAGAGACCCCGGUGGACGCUGCAGCGCGCUUGGGCACGUCGCCUUGGGCCCCCAGAACCGUUGCAAAGCCGGCUGUAGCGGUUGUGGCUCGCCAGCUCAGCUUUGAUGAGGACGGUGACACCGCCCCGAAGCGCAGCCUGGCAGUAACCGAUUACUCCGGCGUCACUCCACUAGGCGGUGUGCGGCGCAUGGUUCAGGGGUAG